AUGUCACACGCCCCGUACGCCCCCUCCCCUAGUCGCGCACCUUGUUCCAUCGUCGCGCGCUCCCCCCACCUCCCUUGCCCCGCCUCCUCGCACACCGUGCACAUCAUCGACGCGUGCUCCGUGCCCAUCAUCAACGCGCGCGGCCUGCCUAUCGUCGACGCGCGUGCUCGGCCCGCCAUCGACGUGCGUGUGCCCACUGCUCACCGCUGUCCCUCUCCCUGCCGCCCAGCCUUACCCCCUCGCGGCCGCCCUCCCUUACCCUCUCGCGGGCGUCCUGCUUCACCUCCUUGCAGGCACCUUCCCCUCCCCUCAUGGUACGCCUCAAUUUGCCUCGUUUACCCCACCUCCGCCCUCUCCGCCCACUCUAUCUGCCUCUUCAACAUCCCCCUCCUCUCUUCUCUCCAUCCUCCCCUUUGUGCCUCUCCUUCCUUCUUCCACAUCCUUCCCCUCCGCAUCUGCUGCAGCUGCCUGUUGGUUGCUGGUUGCCACCUGGUGAACGCGCUCCUACAUCCUUCUUAUCCGCCCCUUCACCCUCCUCUCCUCUCUCCCUCAAUUCCCCCCACUACCUCACCCGUUCCUCCUCCUCUUUCCUCUCCCCAUCAGCUGUAG